AUGUCUCAGCCCGACCUUCCUGCAACAAUCGCUGCAGAGAGGCGUUCUAGCGUGGAUGCUACUUCUGUUCUUACUACUGGCACCGGUGGUAUUAGUGAUAGUGACACUGCUGCAAAGGAGCAGUGGUUAACUCAAAGCUCGAAAGCCAGUGUUUUUUUCUGCCUUGAAGCCUGCUCAGGAAGCAAUGUUACAUCUAAUGUUUGGAACUUCUUUCAUAUUGUGAAGGGUGGCAAGAAAGACAUUGAUAAAGAAUCUUUGCCCAAUGCUGACUUCUCUAAGUAUAAUGAGAAAUGCGAUACAAACCGGUUUGCUGCGUGCAACCACUGUGGCAAAAUUCUUGCUUGUGGAACCUUGAAAAAGGGGAAAACGAGUUGGACCAAUGGUGCCCUCACCACUCAUUUAACCACACGUGUGGAAGGACAUAACACCACUGUGGAUAUCUUGAUGAGCAAAUACGUGAAUGCUUCUGAAGUUGGUGGCAAGAAGCGCAAGACCUCUCGUCAAGCAUCUAUUAUGAGCUAUGGUAGCGUCAAAAGUGGUGGGAUCAAGAAGCUUCCACCUGGAGCAAGGAAGAAGCAUCAAGAGUUGAUGACAACAAGAUGGAUCGCUGAUUCUAUGAGUCCUUUCAAGACUGUUGAAACAGACUCAUUCCGUGAUAUGAUUCAGUCGUACGAUUUGACUGCCAAGCCUAUGUCCAACAAGAAAGUCAAAAGCAUCAUGAUCAACUUGGAAGAUGCAAUGAGAGAUGCUGCCAUUGAAACUAUGACGGGUCUUUCUGUGAACUUUACUCUUGAUCACUGGACUUCGAAGCGCAAUGAGAACUACACUGGUGUUACUGCUCACUUCAUUGACAAUGAUUUUAAGUUGCACAAUGUCGACCUCGGCAUCUUCUUGCAUGAGGGUGAUACUACAGCAGAAGAGCUUGAGAAGUCGUUCCUUGAGUUGAGCAUUGAAAAGCUCAAUCUUGGUGUAGCUAAGGUAUUUGCCGGUACCACUGAUACGACUGGAAACAUGAACAGCCUUGGAAUGAAGUGGGAAAGAAACCAGAACAUUGCUCAUGUCUACUGCACGGAUCAUGUGCUUCAGCUCACUUGCAAGCUCUGCUACAAUGACAAAACCAAAAAAGCUGUGGAUGCUUUUGGUGAAGAAUUUGUUGGUUGUGUCAACAAGGCUAGGGCUAUUGUGAAAUUCGUCAACAAUUCUAGUCAAGCUUUGGAAAAACUCAAGAAGCAUCAAGCACAAAGUGAUUCCUGCGAAGGCCCUCCCAAAGGUUUGAUUGAUGAUGUCGUAACCCGUUGGUGGGCUACAUAUGCUAUGAUAGUUCGUCUUUUGGAGCUCAAGCCAGCGAUACAAACUAUGUUCAUUUACAACGAACUUGACAUCACGACUGUUUUGAAGCCAUUCAAGGAUGCUCAGAAAAUGUUGGAAGGUGACAAGUAUGUCACUGCGAGCUGGGUUGUGUACAGUGUGAAAAAUAUCUGUGACACUCUUACGGCAUUGUCAUCUAGUGGUCCUACUACGGCAAGCAAGGAGUUGGCUCGCAAUCUUCUUGAAGACUUUAAAAAGCGUUGGGGUAGUGCCGACGAACCCGUCUUCAAUCCUGAAGUUCAACGUGGUGAACGCAAUAGGCAAACUGGAAUCCAUCCUGCUCUCCUUAUUGCCACUUUACUUGAUCCAAGAUUCAAGUCUCUGAUUUCUGUUCCUGAUGAGGGAUCCAAGGUAGCAAUUCGUGAGAGAGUUCUUGAAAUCAUGAAGAUGUCAGAAAUUGAAAAGCGCGAUGCUCUUGGUGGUGGUAUUGCUUCAGCUGGUGAUGAUGUUAAAAUGGAAGAAGAAAAGCAAGCCAAUGACGACGAUGAAGACAACAGCAGCGAUGAUGAAGAUCCUCUAGAAGUUUUUGAGCAGCAAGUUGCUGCUGUGGAAGUUGGCAAACAAGCAAGUGCGAGCGAUGAUUCAAUUGAGAAGACAUGCAAGGAUGAGCUCAAGCGUUACAUUGAAGCAGGUUCACUUCCAAUUCGAAAGAGCAAGCACGACAAGACCUACAAUGAUCCACUUGGCUGGUGGAAGAAGAAUCAAUCUCUCUAUCCUAUCCUAGCAUCUUUGGCCAAGAUUUACCUUUCUGUGCAGGCCACAUCUGCACCCUCUGAAAGGAUUUUCAGUGCUGCUUCCAGACUCAUCUCCAACAAGCGCACUAAACAUGUCAUCCAUUAG